UGUUUAAAAAUACAGAAAGUUGUAUUACAAAAGUAGUUUGAAAUAUUUUGCCAAAGUUUAUAGGCAACUUUUUAAAUAUUUUGUAGUGACAUUGCGCAUUUUGUAAGCUGUUUUUUUCUGGAUCAAACGGGCCAAAUAAAUUGACAUUUUGGAUAUAUAUGGAAAGAAUUAAUCGAACAAAAGGACCAAUUGUGAUGUUUAUGGGACAUAUUGAAGUGCCAACAAAAGAAGCUUGUCAAAGACGGGCGGAUAGAGAGCGACCGAGACAGACCACGAUGUCCAAGAUCUCCAAGGCCGCUAAGGCCGUGAAGAAGGUGGACAUGGGGGGUGUGAUCCGGGCCAUUGUGAGGUCAGGGCAGGCUGCCCCCGGACCACCUCUGGGUCCUGUCCUGGGACAGAAGGGCAUCCCCAUCGGCCAGUUCUGCAAGGACUUCAAUGACAAGACCAAAGAGCUCAAGGAAGGAAUCCCUCUGCCCAUCAAGAUCCACGUUAAGCCUGACAGGACGUAUGACCUGACGAUUGGCCAACCCACAGUGUCCUACUUCCUCAAGCAGGCGGCUGGCAUCCAGAAAGGAGCCAGCAAAACAGGCCAUGAGAUAGCAGGGAAGGUGUCUGUAAGGGCGGUGUAUGAGAUUGCUCAGGUCAAGGCCCAAGACGAGGCCUUCAAGAUGCAGAACGCUUCUAUAGAGACUGUCGUCAAGAGCAUCAUCGGCUCGGCUCGCUCGUUGGGCAUUGAGAUCGUCAACGAUUUAUCGGCCGAGGAGUACAAUACUUUCCUGGAGGAGAAGGAGGAGAGGUUGAGAGCGGAGGCAGCAGCUGCAGACGAGGCAGUGUCAGUGAAGAAGAAAUGAGAGCCGCACUCUAUGCUACCGAUGUAUUUAUACUGACCCUGUAACCCACACAUACCACUCACAUACACACACAUUCUGUCAUAACUGUCAUUCUGCUCUGUAUUGCUAAUCGAAAUAAACGUCUGUUAUUAUGAAUGAU